AUGUCUUGUCUGCCCGAGGGCAUCAAAAACAGACUAGUGAGCCUGCGCCUGCCUUUUCGGGGAUCCAACUUUGCACCAUCGUCGGCGUCCACGUCUCCUCUUCCAAUGACCGGCUCCGACGCGGCGAAUACCGAGUUCUACGAGGACCUACAUGCCAUCCUGUUGACUGUGUCGAAGGCGAACAAGCUGUUUGUCCUUGGCAAAUUCAACGCCUGCGUCGAGACAGACCACGCUGCCUGGAGGGGGAGGACUGCUGGGUCCCCAUGGAAUCGGCGGCUGUAACGACAACGAUCACAUUUUUCUGAGAACCUGCGCAGAACACCGCCUCCUCCUCCUGACCAACAUCGGCCGCCUUCCGACACGGAAGAAGACUACCUGGAUGCACCUCCGAUCGCGGCGCUGAAUGCAGCUGAACUACGUUCUCGUCCAGGGGCGAGAUCGACAGGACGUGGCGGUGACCAAGACUGUCUGCGACGUCCACGACUGGACGGAUCACCGCCUCGUUAUCUCCUAGGGCAGGAUCCGACAGCAACCCCACAGGAGAACACAUGGUCAGCAACCACCAGGUAAGUAAAAUACUGCCCUGUUGAAUUUGUCUUCCCACCGCUUACAUUCCAGCAGUCAGUUAAUCCAACACCUGGAAGAACUGCCAACUCCGGACGACAACGCUACCGUGGAGACCCGUCUGUGUCAACUGCGGAAUGCUGUCCAUUCCACUGCCUUGAGCGUGCUCGGACGUGCACUUCAUCAACGACAGGGCUGGUUUGAUGACAACGACGCAGACGACAGAAACCUGCUCGUUGAGGGGAACAAGCUGCGCAAAGCCUACACUGACCGUCGGACCGACGCAAAGAAGACGGCUUUCUUCUGA